CGCUGGAGCUUCGGGUGUAGGAGAGGACCCUGCUUAGAGAGAACUAGAGGUCCCUCCAGAUGCCAGCAGACAGCCCGCAGGACACAGACACCGUGCUUUCCUAUGGGAUGAAACUCACGUGGGACAUCAAUGACCCGCAGAUGCCUCAGGAACCAACCCACUUUGACCACUUCCGGGAGUGGCCUGAUGGCUAUGUACGAUUCAUCUACAGCAGCCAGGAGAAGAAGGCUCAGCGCCAUCUGAGCGGCUGGGCCAUGCGCAACACCAACAACCACAACGGCCACAUCCUCAAGAAGUCCUGCCUAGGCGUGGUGGUGUGCGCACGUGCCUGCGCCCUGAAGGAUGGCUCACACCUGCAGCUGAGGCCAGCCAUCUGUGACAAGGCUCGACUGAAGCAACAAAAGAAAGCUUGCCCCAACUGUCAUUCAGCUUUGGAGCUGGUUCCUUGCCGAGGGCACAGCGGAUACCCUGUCACCAACUUCUGGAGACUUGAUGGCAAUGCAAUAUUUUUUCAGGCCAAAGGAGUUCAUGAUCACCCCAGACCAGAGAGUAAGUCAGAGACAGAAGGCAGAAGAAGUGCCCUCAAGAGACAGAUGGCCUCUUUCUACCAACCCCAGAGAAGGAGGUCAGGGGAGUCUGAGGCAAGAAGUGCUCAGGACAUCAGGGGACACCUCAAUAGCACACCUGUCAUGGAACCCACAGAGCUAUUUGAUAUGACUGCUGAUGCCAGCUGCCCUAUUACAGGGCAGCCCUCUCCUUCUUUCCCAAACUGCGAUGUCCACAGAGUUACCAGUGACCUGCCCACCUUUCAAAGAGAUGUAAUACUGCCCUUUCAGAAAUAUUCAAAUCCAAGCAUUUAUUUCCCUGGGCCACCUUGGGGCUAUGAAUUGGUAAGUCCUGGGGUUGCAGGUUCGAGUCCAUAUCCCACCCUGCAUAAGGAUUCCUCCAUGGUCCCUGAUGACCCAGAUUGGAUUCAUCUAAACUCACUACAAUAUAAUGUCAGUUCAUAUGGCAGCUAUGAGAGAACCUUGGAUUGCACAACUAGAUAUGGCUGGAAACCAACACACGGGAAACCCGGCCUUGAGAAGGCUGACUGUGGUCAAUGCCAGGCUGUGCCCACAUCGCCAUAUUACAACCUAGAGCUGCCCUGCAGGUACCUGCCAGUGCCACCAGCAGGUACCCAGGCCCUGCAGACAGUGAUCACCACCACAGUGGCUUAUCAGGCUUACCAACACCCUGCUCUGAAACACAGUGACAGCGUUCAGGAGGUUAGCAGCCUUGCCAGCCUCACCUACGCUUCUGAAAACCUCCCAAUGCCCGUCUAUCCGCAAGCCUUAGACUCUCAAGAGGGAGUCAUCCAGGCAGCCUCUCCUUCAGGGAGAGCCCCUGUGAAAGUCCAUGGAGACUGCCAGGCUGCCAGACCCACUCUGGCUUUUCCUCAAGAAACAGAUCCCUCCAGGACAGAUGGAGCAGACGCAUGGGAUGUGUGUCUGUUUGGGGUGGGCUCUGGGAUGGAUUACUUGGAUAGAGCAGGGCAGCCCUUUAGCUUUGACAAUGAGGACUUUUAGGAGGGUUUCAGGAUACACAUACCAUGACAAUGAAGUACAUGCAAGAAAACGCAUGCCGAGGGGCAAUUACCAAUUGCUUAGGUGUCUCACUCACACAUGAGACCAGAGUGAGUGUAAAGGCGUGCUGGGAAAUUACAAGUUGGGAUUAAUAGGUGCUGGAAGUUUGCACAGCAUUUUGAAAUCUACCACACCACAUAGGCUAUUAGGAGUGUGAGCAUGAACAAAUAAACAAACUAGAGGGACCUGCAGUGCUGUGGCAUCCUUAGCUUACUGGCUAGGGAUCCUAUUCUCCCUAUUAACCUUUGCCUUUUAGACUUUUAGGGAACCUCACACAGCCAUGAACAGCAUCAAGAAGCUAUUUAAGUAGCAUCAGUGUGGAAACCUGGAGAAAAACGUAUGAAAUGUAGCAAGUGUUUUAUUGCCCAGCAAGCUUUUCCACACGUCAGCUGCAAACUCUGUAAACCAAGAGGAACCCUCUAUAAUUUGGAGUGCUAUGACAUCGGUGAACUGAAGCUUCCUGGAGGGGGCGGGGCAAGCCCUACCUGUGUUAAAGAUUCCACAAUGUUGACUGACUGACUGUGCUGUUGAGAGCUGGAAUGCUGCGGGUCUGAGGCCAGAUCUGUGAGUUUAACCCCUGAGUAGCUGUGUAUCACCUAUUAAGUGAAUCCCUUUGUGAUGUACAAACCCCAAGUUUCCACUUCCCCCAAGGCUAAAAAUGUCAUCAAGUAGCAUCUUAGGCCCAUAAAAAUCCUUUUCUGCCUUACUAUAUAUAACCUGCCUACCUGUUAUUUCCACAAAUGAAUUUUUCAAGUACCUUCAUUUACAAGUUCCUUUGUUACUCAAUGAAACUGCUCCCGCCAUGCUUGAACAUGUUAUUGGGGGCAACCCGAAUCCAUGUGACCUACUUCGUGAUCGCCUAAUGUUUGGCUCCAUAAUAAAUUACCUUUUCUCUCCUUUGAGAUAAGAGCUGUGGUUUUGUGUCAACAUACUUCAGUCAGUAAUCCCAGCACUCUGAAGGCUGAGACAGGAGGAUGAGCCUAUGGCACUUACUGUAGAUGGCUUUUCAAAUAUCAAUUUCUAUCAGACAGUUUCUGUGUUUCAUGAGUCACUGAGGACAGAAGUUCAGGCCUAUAACUUGCUGGUAAGACACAACUCAGUAUUUGAACACUUAGACACAAGCCAACUAGCCUAGCCUUGCUGGUUUCUAUGCUGGCAAAACUGAACUUAAUCUAUUUUAAUAAAAAAGAAUUGAUGCUGUUCUAUGG